UAUGAUGGAACAGUAAGAGAUCAUGAUGGUUCAGUUGUGCAGUUUCAUUAUGGCGAAGACGGUCUUGACGUUAUCAAAGCAUCCUACAUUAGCCCGAAGACAUUCCCAUUCCUGCAAGACAAUCUCGACGCCGUUAUACACUGCUCGAAACCCGAUGCUGUCCGUGAUUCAGAGUUCAACGUCGAAGCCGCAGAAAAGCAAUACAAGAAGGUGGCAGUUGUUAUGAUGUAUUCUUUUCGCGCUUAUCCUCAAUCAUUGUUGCAGAUCAGAAAGUGGCGAAAAAAGGCUGGCACAGAUCACCCCAAAAAGCAGUACAUUUCUGGCUUCACAGAAUUUUCCAUGGAUCAGCUUGGUGUUGAAAAAGAACGCGUGGUUGGAAUGUGGGGAGAAAUGGAUGCUGCAGAACGAUUAGUCUACGAAAAGCGAGCACCAAGGAGAUGCCCGCAUUCAGUGGAUGAGGAAUUUAACCCAUAUACAACGCUUGGCGCUUUGCCAGAGAAGACAUUGGAUGCUAUCUAUAAAUUUUCUGGUAAGAACGAGAAACUUCGACGAUCCCUGUUCUGGAAAGGCAUGCGAUCAUUAGCUGAGCCUGGCGAGAAUGUAGGCCUACUGGCUGCGCAGUCCAUUGGCGAACCAUCCACGCAGAUGACAUUGAACACCUUCCACUUUGCUGGUAGAGGUGAAAUGAACGUCACUUUGGGUAUCCCGAGACUUCGCGAGAUUCUGAUGACCUCAUCGGAACAUAUCGCUACGCCUAGCGCUAAGAUCCCGAUACUGCCCGGCACUCCACAAGAAAAGAUAGAUGCGAUACGACGCGAACUGGAUCGUGUGUUUCUUAAACAAGUGUUGCGCAAUUUUACUUUGGAAGAGAGGAUCAAUCUUACGAAUAGUGAUUGCUGGCGACGUUACCAUCUCCGCAUAGAGAUUCUAUCCAGCUCAAAAAGGGAACAAAACGCUAAGCAUCUGAAGCGCAGAGUCAUACUACAAGAGCUGGAGAAACGAUUUUUGCGAGCGUUGGCAACAUCGAUAGGGAAGAAAUACCGUGAUCUUCUCGAGUAUCAGCAAGUUCAGCAUAGAAAGCUACGAGCUGGAAACCUGAAUGCUGGCCUGGGACGGGGAGAUGGUCCGGUGCCAAGGCGAGCACAUAACAUGGACGAUGGAAACUCGUCUGAUGAAGAAGCAGCAGACGAUGCUGCGGAAUACGAAGGCGAGGAAGAAGAUCGUGUGCAUGUGGAAAAAGAUGAUGAAGAAAAGCAGGUUGGUCAUUAUUUUUUUUCUUGCAUGGUAUUCGUUUGA